CCAGUAAGGUUCAAGAUUUCUUGCCUUUUAAGGGCAGAAAACAGCCGCCGCCUCCUGGUGACUUCCGGCGGUUAUUUCUGGAGCCGGCUGCGAGCGGCCUGGCGUCGGGAAAGACUCCCGAGCGCUCCUCUCUUCUCCCGCCAGCUGGCCGGCUCGGCGUCCCUGGAGGGGAAGGGGCAGCCGAGGUUCACGUCGGGGCGCUGGAGCCCCCACCACAACUGCAGCCAGGUGGCCACGGCCAGCGACACCACCGUGCGGGGCUGGGACACCCGCAGCAUGAGCCAGGUCUACUGCAUCGAGAACGCGCACGGGCAGCUGGUGCGGGACCUGGACUUCAACCCCAACAAGCAGUACUGCCUGGCCAGCUGCGGGGACGACUGCAAGGUCAAGUUCUGGGACACCCGCAGCGUGGACGUCGUCCUCGCCCCAGACGGCCCAGACCCGGCCUCCCGGCAGGCAGAGCCCGCGGUGGCCGCAGCUGACCUCAGUGCCCACCUGAGGCCCACGGGGCGGGCGGCAGCCCCGAGCCCAGGCGUCCAGGCGGCUCCCAGGGCUCUGGCUGCCCCUCCCGGCUCCAGAGAGCUCUAG